AGAAUAGCGACGGACCAGUCUUGGGUUAGGAGGUGCACAUAAUGAUAUAAUAUACGAACGUCUCUCCGCUGGAACCGUGACUUGACGAUCGCACAUGGACGCAGUCGUGUCCAGCCGUUUUUCGCGUACACACCGAGAACAUAAAUUAUAGUAUAAUAAUAUUAUAAUCGAACGCCACAACAAAAAAUCUACAGCAGGAUACAAUUUGACUCGAAUACCUAAACGAAUAUUUUGAACACUGUGCGGAAAUAAAAUGUCUUUCAAAACAAUAAUCGCCGCCGUAGCGGUAGUCGUGAUGUGCUGCAACACUGCCAACGGAGCUCUGAAACAGAGACAAGCGUAUUCCGGCUAUUCCGACGGAUACACACAAAACCACAAAGACGAGAGUCACCAAGAUCUGAGCAAAGUUCCGGGCACACCGGGAGUAGACUACCCAAUUUACCACGCUGUGCCGGAGACGAGUUUCAAUUGUAAAGACGUACCGUACGCACCCGGCAUGUACGCCAACGUGGAGACCGGAUGUCAGGCUUAUCAUAUCUGUCACGACGGUCGUGAAGGUCAUCAAGGAGCGUCUUUCUUGUGCUCCAACGGAACUUUGUUCAAUCAAAAGGAAUUCACCUGCGAUUGGUGGUACAACGUAGACUGUAGCAAGGCGACGUAUUAUUACGAACUUAACACGGACGCAACGAAAAAUCCAUUCGUCCCAAAACCAAAGGCCCCCGAGGAACCGUACAAGCAACCAUACGACAAUAAUUAUUACCAGAGCCCUAAGUAUUAUUUGUAAAUG